UGUAAGGUAUUACACAUUUCAUAGGUAUUUUUUAAACAAACUUCACAAGUAUUAUUUUAACCUAAAUCUAGACUUAAAAAACUUAACAGCUUUCAGAGGAACUUUUCAGACAGCACAACUGUAAGUUUUUAACACAUUUUCUGAUACAACUGAUUGUGGAUUAUAUGCAUAGGACUGAUUUGGUUUUGCAGAUUGGACCUUUGUAGCUGUGGCUUAUGUAAAGCAUGCCUUAUUUAUCUUAGUGAGUUUUCACGUGGGAAAUCAACUAAACCCCAAAUAACGACCAGCUGUUUCUGUAGGAUUUUCUUGACAUCUUGGUUUCAGGAUGUCCCUCCAAAAUUUACAAAAGGACAAGACAAAAACUUACCAGGGAGGCUGCCAAGAGACUAACAGCAACAUUUAAGGAGCUGCAGGAAUAUCUGAGAAGCACUGCUUACUCUGCAUGUGACAAAAACCUGCCAUUUUAAUAGGGGUGUGUACACUAUCUAUAUCCAUUGUAUUCAUAAUGAAAGCAAGCCAACACUAAUCCAAAAAUUAAAACACUUAAGACCAGUUAUUAAUACAAAAGAAAUGCUUUUGCAGAAAAGGAGGACACACUGCAGUGGCUCAGCUGGUGUAAAAGUUGGCUCCAUUUGCCAUGGCAUCUUCUUUUAAUGCUGCAGAGCACUUUAGAGACAGGAUUAGUUGACUGAUAAGUGACCCAAUCAUCUGGUCUCAAUCUGCAAUAAACUUUCAGGAAGGUUCAGGCUUAACACUUCUAGAUCUGCCAUUUUGCAGGUUUGUUUCAGAGCCCGAAUUGUUAAAUUAACUGAUCUUGAUUUAAUCCUUGCGUUUGGAAUGGAAAAUCCCGGAUUUUGGUGAAUAUCAGCUACCAUUAUCGGGGUAAAUUGCAAAUGCUGCCAUUUCCCUGAGUCUCUGUCAACCCUGCUCCAGCAUGUAGUGUAUGCUCUGUGGCAAUGACACUCACUGAAAAGCACAUCCAACCAAGCAGCCAUCUGCUAUUGUGGAUAACAGCAUGACAGCAUAAACACAGAUCUGCCUGACAAAAUAUCCCAAUGAUGAGUACAGAAUAGAAAGAGUCCUGCUAAUGACGAUGGUGAUUAAACAAUUAAGCAAAGUGUAAAUGGUAGACUUACAUUUAAACAAUUUAUAAUUAACAUUCAAUCACAGUGAUGUAAAAUGUUUUAAUCCUGACUAUCAUAUUUUAUUUAUUUAUGGAUUUGCAAUAAUCCCAUCAUUCCUUCUUCCUAUUGGCUUUGACCCUUUUUUUGCCUGUAAACCACAGCGACCCCAUCCGUUCAUAGGUCAUUGAAAGCUAGAAACUACAACAGAGAUGGCGCGUUUAAAGCCAUUUUGACUACAAAUCCCAUAAGCACCAUAACGUUCAGUGCUUACGUCAUUCCGCACAAAACAAGAAUGAAAACAAGGAUGAUUUUGCAGAGUGUACAAGUUCAUGACUGUAACAGAGUGACUAGAUAUAUUUUAUAAGAAUUUAAAAGAAUACGUCUUUUUUUUUUUUUAGAAUUGUUGUUUAUUUUUGUGUCUUAAACCCGCUUUCCGGCGUCACUCAUUAAGAAUUAAAUAUUAGUCAGAGUAUCUUGCUCUAAUUCCUGUUGGUGCUGGGGUGAUAUAUUACUCACGGGUUUGCCUCUGGCACCGGAAAUAUGGCGGUUUCCGAGUGGCGUUUGUCGCUGAAGUUAAUGGACCAGCCCUCGGUUCCGAAGUCGGUGCUGCAGUUUCCUGAGGCAGAGCCUGGUGAUGUCCCACCGGGCCAGUACCGCGUUGCGACUCUCAAGCAGCUCGUUUCAGUGCAGUUACCGGACGCCAUUCCAGACCCUGAGCUUAUAGAGCUGGUGUACUGUGGCAGGAAGCUGAGGGAUGAACUCACUUUAGAUUCUUAUGGGAUCCAGUCAGGAUCAACAGUACACAUCCUGAGAAAGUCAUGGCCAGAACCUGAGAUCCACCCAGAGCCAGUGGACAGGGUGACAGCCGCAAGAGAAUUUCGUGUCCUGCAGGCAGCUCUUCACACCAGCACAGCCUACAGAGACUCAGUUUUUAAGAUGCUGAACAACAAGGAGUCUUUGGAUCAAAUCAUUGUGGCGACACCUGGCUUGAGUAGUGAUGCAGUGGCCCUAGGUGUGCUUCAAGACAAGGACCUCUUUGUGCAAUUCACAGAUCCAAACAUGCUUGACAUGUUGAUUAGCUCUCACCCAGCAUUGGUUAAUGCCAUUAUUCUGGUGUUGCAUUCUGUAGCUGGCAGUGUUCCCACCCAGCAGAGUGCCAGCUCCUCUAGAAAUGUAUCCUCCAGCUCCUACAGCGAAAUGCCAGGUGGUUUUCUCUUCGAAGGCAUGUCGGAUGAUGAGGAAGAAUUCCAGUCUGGGAAUCGCAGUGGCCCAUCUUCGAGUUCUGCAGGUUCUUCGGGCCUGAGGCCUGCUACAUUAGGUUACAGUGGAGCAGUAGGGCCCAGGCCAAUCACACAGAGUGAACUCGCUACAGCUCUGGCCCUAGCCAGCACUCCAGAAAGCAGUGCUGUUACUCCUACCAUAGGAAACCAGGGAGCUUCUUCAGGGGUUUCCCCUAUCCCUGCAGGAACUCCGAUAACAAAUGACCUUUUUAACCAAGCCCUGCAGCAAGCCUUACAGGUGUCUAGCAUAUCGUCUCUGCAAAGUCAGUGGCAAUCUCAGCUCCAGCAACUGCGCGAUAUGGGAAUCCAGGAUGAGGAGCUGAUUCUGCGAGCCCUACAGGCCACUGGAGGAGACAUCCAAGCUGCCCUAGAGCUCAUUUUUGCUGGGGGAGCUCCAUGAAAUGCUGCACACUCAAAGAAUGUACUCUGUAAUAUUUGUGCAGUUAUAACUGUACAAAUUAUUCUUAAAUAUUUUAAAUAGAAAAGCUGUUCACACUUUUUUCCUGACAUGCCAACAUACAUAUUUUAUUUAUUUUAAUUCCACUAAUUAUGUGAAUAUACAGCUCCCUCCAGAAUUAGCAGCACCCUGGCUCCCGAGUGGUGUGACAGAAAAGCGUUCUAUUUGUUGUUUGGAGAUUGCGAGUUCGAUUCCCGAUAAUGCCACAGCCACCCAUGGCUGGGAGUCCAAAAGCUGUGCGCUCUGGGUGGGAGGGGUGGCACACUGUCAAUCACAGAAACACCAGCCAAUCAUGGGUGUCUGUGAGCUCAUGCAUGCGGAAGAGGGCAGAUAGCACUUUCCUCUGUGUGUGUUAUGCGGUCCUGUGAUGCAGCGUGAGCAGCAGUUUGAAAAGGCUGGCUUCACGUGUCUGAGAGGAGGCAUGUGUUAGCCUUCACCCUCCUUGACUGGAAGCACAAAAAACAUUGAACUUUUUUGUAUGAAAAUAUUGAGUUUAAAAUUAUUGGUAAAAUUAUAGUAUUAGUAUCAGUACUAUGGGUGGGGACCAUUUUGAUACCUAACCUCUCUUCCUGUCUAAUAACACUUUGUUUGUUCCUACAGAGCUAUAGAGAUCUUGGUCUAAUCUUCUAUGCAGAACAUUUAAAAACAUCACAGGUUUUCACUUGGGUUAAAAUCUGGAGACUGAGAUGGUCAUUGCAAAACAUUUUGUGUUUUUUAACCAUUUCUGGGUUGAUAUAGAAGUAUGUUUGUUGAAAGGUUUAUCAGUGAAAAGGCCUGAACCUCCUGGAGAGGCAGCCAGGUUUUGGGCAGAAAUAUCUUGGUGUUUAGAAGAAUUCAUAAUGCUAUCAGUCUUCACAAGAGCCCCUGGACCACCAUGUUGUGAGAUGAUCUAAGGAGGGGCUUCUUUCUUGCAAUGCUUCCAGUUUUUUGUUGUGAAAGUGACGUGAUGCUUAAUGGUUGAUUUUGAAAGAGAAUCAACUAAACUGUAAGAAUCGAUUCUAAAACUCUGAUGCAACAGGGAACAUGUUCCUGGGGACCUGUACUUUAUAUAUAUAUAUAUAUAUAUAUAUAUAUAUAUAUAUAUAUAUAUAUAUAUAUAUAUAUAUAUAUAUAUAUAUAUAUAUGUAUGUAUAUAUAUAUGAGUAUUUCAGAAACCAAUCUCCAGAAUGGUGUGAAAAUCCCAGGAGAUCAGCAGUUUCUGAAAUACUCAAACCAGCCCAUCUGCCACCAACAACCAUGCCAGGGGUAAAGUCACAGAAAUCACACUUUUCUUCCUCCUGAUGUGUGAUGUUAACAUUAGCUUAAGCUCUUGACCUGUAUCUGCAUGAUUUUAUGCAUUGUGCUGCUGCCACUUGAUUGGCUGAUUACAUAACUGCAUAAAGCAGGUGUACAGCUGUUCCUAUUAAAGUGGAUGGGCUGUGUGUUAAUAAUAUAAAUACAAUAAUAUAAUAUAAUAAUAAUAUAUAAUAACGGAUGCUUAUCAUGAAUAACAAUUGUAUGUGUAUUUAUUUAAAUUAUUCCUUAGGGUUGUCAGUACUUUUGGCACAUAUAUUUUUGAGAGAAAAUAUUAUUAGCUGGAUAAUCAUUUUCAGGAAGGGUGCCAGUUAUUCUGGAGUGCACUGCAUUAUGUCCUGCUAUGCCAUUGCUAAUAUUGGCGUUUGUGAUUAUAUUUUGUGGAAAUAAUUCUGUUUGAAGAAUUAAAUCUCGAAACCAGAGUUA